AAUAUAAUUCCAUUCUCUUAGUACAUUUUUACUAUCAUUUUUCUGGAAGUAGCGCGCAGUACUAUUAAUUGUUUAUUAUUGUUUGUUAACAAAUACUAUAUAUGAUGAGGUUAUCAUCUACUAAAGCUAAUUACGAUUUGCUUAUCAGCAUCAUGCUUUUAUUAAUAACAAUGGUACUAACAUCAAGUGCAAGAAAUCAGCCGCACAUGGCCAAGCAAGGUUGCAGUGAAAGGUGUGGGAAGGUGAGGAUCCCAUUCCCAUUUGGCAUCGGUGCAGAUUGUGCACUGAACGAAUGGUACGCUAUUUAUUGUGUUAACUCGUCGAAACCAUAUCUAUCAGCUGCUGCACUCAACCAGCUUGAAGUCGUGAGAAUUGAUAUGGAAAGUCAUACAGUCACUGUGAACACGCCAACAUUAAUCUCUGGUUGCCCAUACCGGCCGCCGCCAGCAGGUCUGAUGAAUAGCCUUAGUCGUCUUCAACGGAUAAAGAGUGUCGAUCUUUAUAAGACCCCCUUCCAGUUUUCCCAAUAUCGAAAUAAACUAGUGGUUGAGGGCUGUGGCAAUGCUGUCAUCUCCUCGCCCAACGGGACCUUCCUGACCGGGUGUUCCACCAUUUGCCGGAACUUUAGUAGUAGUACAUCAUCAGCAGUUGGAAGAAGAGUAGUAAAGAAAAAUAAUAAUUACUGCUUUGGUACCACUUGUUGCGAAACAAAAACGUUGAACAAUCCAGCAGUAAGUGAUUUUAACAUUAAACUAACGUCAUACACAGUGGAGCUGGAAACAGAUGGUGAUAGAUCAUCAUCAUGUGGGUCUGCCUUCUUUGUGGAUGAAGAGUUGUAUAUUGAGGGAAAGUUUUCAAACGGGGUUGUUGUUCCGGUAACACUUGAGUGGACUCUUACUGAGUGUGACUUCCAACAAAUAACUUGUUGUGAUCUCGGUGAUGACGACCGUUAUCUCAUUGGAUAUUCGAAAAACGGAGUGCUUAUGGCUGAUGGUACUUAUAAUGCUUCAUUGGAUUGUAAACGCUCAUCGCAACUUGAAGGAAACAUUUAUUUAGGAGAUGGAUGCGCUGUUAAGGAAGAGUGCUUAAGAUGCAUGGAUACUGGAGGUUACUGUCGAUACGGCUUCAAAUUGAACUUCACUUGUAUUCCUAGUGUUCAUCAUGCAAAUCCACAGUUAUCCAAGGGUGUCAUUCUAGGUACACCAAACUCCCUCUCUCAUGGUGGCGCUGAUCACCGUCACCGGAGGAUCAUGGUGGUUGUCAAAGAUAAUGGUGGUGGUGGUGGUGGUGUUAGUAUUAGCAUGGGUGUAGUUUUUCUUUUCAUAACUUGCUAUGCAUUGUACAAACUAAUCAAAAAAACAAAGGACAAAAGACGAAGAAAGAGGUUUUUCAAACGCAAUGGUGGUUUGCUUCUAAAGCAACAAGAAGAAUCUCAUCCAUCUAUUGUUGAUAAAACUAUACUUUUCACAUCACAUGAAUUAGAGAAGGCUACUAACAACUUCAAUGAGGAUAGAAUUCUUGGCAAAGGAGGCCAAGGUACAGUUUUUAAAGGUAUGUUAGUUGAUGGAAGGAUUGUGGCGGUGAAGAAAUCAAAAAUAGUUGAUGAAAGCCAAUUAGAGCAGUUCAUCAAUGAGGUCGUCAUUCUUUCACAAGUAAAUCAUAGGAAUGUGGUUAAGCUACUAGGAUGUUGCUUAGAGACAGAUGUUCCUCUUCUAGUUUCUGAGUUCAUUCCGAAUGGUACCUUGUACAAACAUCUUCAUGACGAGAUUCUUGAGUUUCCAAUUUCUUUAAACAUGAGAUUACAAAUAGCUGUCGAUGUUGCAGGGGCACUUGCUUACUUGCAUUCAGCAACUUCUAUUCCAAUAUACCACAGGGACAUCAAAACCACUAAUAUACUUUUAGAUGAUAAAUAUAGGGCCAAAGUUUCAGAUUUUGGAACUUCAAGGUUUGUAUCAAUAGAUCAAACUCAUCUGACAACCUUAGUUAAAGGUACGUUUGGCUACCUAGAUCCAGAAUAUUUCCGAUCUAGCCAAUUUACUGACAAGAGUGACGUUUAUAGCUUUGGAGUUGUUUUGGUUGAACUUUUAACGGGAGAAAGGCCAAUUUCGUUAACUAGAUUUGGAGAACACAAAAGUCUAGUUAUGUAUUUCAUGCUGGCUAUGGAACAAGGGCGUGUUAUGUCUAUUUUUGAUGCGGCGGUGAUUAGAGGGGGUACUAGGGAUGAACUUCUUACGACAGCUAACCUUGCAAUGCGAUGCCUCGAUCCAAAUGGAAUAAACAGGCCAACAAUGAAAGAAGUAGCUACGGAGUUGGAAACCAUACGAACUUCAUGCAGUCAAUCUACAAUUCAAACCAACAUCAUACCCAUGAUAUAUGGGGAGGAAUUAUCACUGGAACCAAGUGGUGUAUCAACAUCAACAAGUUUUGAUGAUACUAUGAUAACGUCAAUCAGUCAAUGA